GCCCUUUCCUCUUCACUUCGAGCUCCUCUUCCACCACCGUCGCCGUUUGCGCCACCUUCAGGUAAACCGUCGUUCCUCCUUCCUUUCAUAUAGAUAGAUUCUCAGUGUUAUUCCCCCAAUCUGCACCCUUAUCACUGCUUUUUUCUCAAUUUGUUUCAAUUCUAUGUUCUUCGUUUUCAUUUCUGAUUUUGCACUUAAUUUUCAUUCUUUUCAUUGUAUUCAGAUUCAGAUUAUUUGCAUAUCCUUAAUUGAUUCUGUAUCACACAAUGCGAAUAAGAUUUUCAAUCUCUUGUUUGCUUCGUCUCCAACACUGUAAUAACAACUUCACAUCUAACUUCCACUUCUCUUCAACAACAGCAACAAACUUCAACGCCGUUAAUAACAGAACCCAGCUCUUAAAUUCGAUCAGAACCCUAUCAAACGUUAAUGCCGCCGUCACAUUCUUUCACCAAAUGCUAACAAUGAAUCCUUUCCCUAACACAAAAGACUUCAAUUGCUUAUUCACAUUUUUAACCAAAACCAAACACUACACAACAACCAUUUCCCUAAUCAAACACGCGCAUUCGUUUGGUGUCAAUCCUGACAUAUACACACUCAACAUUGUAAUCAAUUGUCUUUGCCAUUUGGGGCACACGAGCUUGGGUUUCUCCGUUUUGAGCUUAAUGUUCAAAACGGGACUAAACCCUACACUCGUGAGCCUAAACACUGUCGUUAAUGGGCUUUGUGUUGAAGGUAAAGUGUCCGAAGCUUUGAAUUUUACUCGCCACAUGGAAAAUGCGGGUUAUGAACCAAACGGUUACACAUUUGGAGCGUUAGUUAACGGUUUGUGUAAAAUUGGUGACAUGGUUAAUGCUGUCGUUUGUGUUAGAAACAUGAUUGAGAGAAACUAUGAACCAAAUGUUGUCAUUUAUAAUGCAAUCAUCGAUGGUUUUUGCAAAGAAGGGUUGGUUUCAGAGGCUUUGAAUUUUUUCUCAGAAAUGAAUGAUAAAGGUAUUAACCCUAGUUUAGUUACUUACAACUGUUUAAUUCAAGGAAUUUGCAACAUUUGUGAAUGGAAAAAAGCUUCUUUUUUGUUGAAUGAGAUGAUGGAAAAGGGAAUAAUGCCUGAUGUUCAAACAUUUACUAUUUUGGUGGAUGGUUUUUGCAAAGAAGGGUUGAUUUUAGAGGCUAAAAGUGUAAUUUGUUUCAUGGUGCAAACUGGUGAGGAACCUAAUGUUGUGACUUAUAAUUCCUUGAUUGGUGGUUAUUGUUUGAUGAAUCAAAUGGAUGAAGCUAUGAAAGUGUAUGAUUUGAUUUUUUUAAGGAAGUGUUUGCCUAGUGUUGUGACAUAUAAUUCAUUGAUUAGUGGUUGGUGUAAGGUUAAAGAUGUAGAUAAAGCUAUGUGUUUGUUGAAUGAAAUGGUUAAUGAAGGUUUCUGUCCUGAUGUUGUGACUUUGACAACACUUGUUGGUGGGUUUUGUGAAGUUGGUAAACCUUUGGCUGCUAAAAAGCUGUUCUUUACGAUGAAGGAAUAUGGUAUGGUUCCUAAUCUUUUGACUUGUGCUGUUGUAUUGGAUGGUUUAGUUAAAUGCUAUUUUCGUUUCGAGGCAAUGUUGUUGUUUAGGGCUAUGGAAGAAAGUGAUUUAGAUCUUGAUAUUGUUAUUUAUAAUGUUAUAAUUGAUAGUUUGUGUAAAGAUGGAAAGUUGAGUGAUGCAAGGAAGGUUCUUGCACGUCUGCUUGUUAAAGGGUUGAGUUUCGAUUCAUACACUUAUAAUAUAAUGAUUGGAGGUUUAUGUAGAGAAGGAUUGUUGGUUGACGCUGAAGACUUGCUUAGGAAAAUGGAAGAGAAUGGAUGUACACCUAAUGCAUGUUCUUAUAAUGUUAUUGUCCAAGGAUUGCUCCGAAAACGUGAUAUUUUAAGGUCAAGGAAGUACCUUCAAAUAAUGAAAGUCAAAGGGUUUGCAGCGGAUGCUACUACCACAAAAUUGCUUAUAGGAUUUUACUCUGCUGAUAAAGAAAGCAGUGCAUUUCAAGAGUUUCUGCAUAAUUGAUGUUUGUUUGGAUUUGAUUGCCAUCUAUUCAUUAUUGGAUGUGAAUUUUUCAUAUCAUGUUUUAAGAACCUAUAUUUAAGGUCGAGAAAACACCUUCAAAUAAUGAAAGGCAACAAUAGAUGCUACUACCACAGAGUUGAUUUUAUAGGAUUUCACUCUGCUGAUAAAGAAAGUAAUGCAUUUCAAGAGUUGCUGCAGAACCGAUGUUUGUUUGGAUUUGAUUGCCGCCUAUUCAUUAUUUGAUGUGAAUUUUUCAUAUCAUGUUUUAAAAACCUAUUUGAUCAGAUGGUAUGCUAUAAAGGACCAAGGCGACCAUGUUAUGAUGUUUGUAUAUGAAAAUCCGAACUGAAUGUUGAUAUUGAUGAUGUUCUCAAUGGUAAUUGAUCAAAGUGUUCAGAGCCGACUUUUUUGGCCAAGAGAUCAGUACAGUUAAAUCUAUAAACAAAAUGAAGGAAGUUAUGAUGAAGGUGGUUUUUCUUCUGAAAGGUGAUCUUGUGGUAAUAACACGAGCUCGACAACAUUGAUUACAAACAAAGUACAAUGCAGAGGUCAGUUUCUAAAAAGUGUAUUAUGAGAGGCCUAUCUGUCCUAUAAUUAAAAUUUGUUAUAAAAAACUAGUUACCAUACAUGUUUCACUUAUUUGACACUUUGCUUCCACUAGUUACCAUACAUGUCUGAGCCUUACUUAAAAGGUUAUUUUUAGAGAAUCAAGUAUUAUCAUAUUUAUCGAAGACAGUAAUUAUACAGAAAGAAA